ACAUGAGCAGAGAAGGCGCUUUAAGAGCAUUUAAACAUCAUCCACUGGACUAGAGAAGUGGACAUAGGCAACACGAAAGAGGCGAAUGGAACUCCAUGUCGAGGGGGGAGGCCCUUUUUCUCUUUCUAACAUCGAAUGCUCCUCAUCUUUUCAGUGCAUUAUUUAGAAUAUAGGGACUUCUUUUAGUAAUUUUAUUGCUUCUCCACCUGUAGCUGUGUGUGGAUAUUCCUUUGCAAAAACACACUGUUGGAUUAUUGCGCAUCCGUGCGUAAAAGGAGAGGGGAAAGGCUAAAUCCGCUCGAGGCUGCUGGCAGAGCAGCAUGGAUAGAAAGGAAUUUGCACUCACAUAGGAGACAAGUGGUCCGUCCAGGGAGCUCGCCAUUUCUCUCUCGUUUGUCAUAUUCCUGUGGAGGAAGAAGAGGAAGAGGAGGAGAGCGUCAGUGAGCAGCCAUGGGCAAAGAGGAGUGUAAAACUAUGCUGGACGCUCUGAAUAAAGUGACGGCCUGCUACAGACACCUGGUCAUCGCCCUGGGCAGCACCUCGGACUCGCAGAACUUGCGGGAAGAGCUGAAGAGGACCCGUAAGAAGGCGCAGGAGCUGGCCGUGGCCAACCGGACUAAACUCACCUCCCUGCUCAAAGACAAGAGCAUCAGCAAGGAGGACCGCGCCGAGUACGAGCGUCUAUGGGUGCUCUUCUCCAGCAGCAUGGACCUGCUGGAGGUGGACAUGAAGCGGUCCCUGGAGAUAGGCCAGGACUUCCCGCUCAAGGUACCUACCAGGCAUUUCAUCCAGACGGGCAUGACGGGCAGCACCAGCACAGUGGCCGCUCGCGCCAUGAGCGUGCAGAACAUGAAGUACGAGGCCGACAGCAACAUCGACACGGCCGACCUGCGGGACCUGCAGGCCGAGAUCUGCCAGGUGAGCCAGAUGAUGGAGGAGAUGGAGAUGAAGGUGCAGGUGGCGCCGUGGGCCGUGGAAGCCAAGCAGGAGGCGGGCGCCGAGCUCAAGUCCAACAUGAGCGUAGGAAAUUCCUCCGUGGGCGUCAUCUCCAUCUGCGAGGAGGAACCCAAGGAUGAGGAGGGGGGAGGCAGCGGGGACGCCGGCUUUGCGUCCAUCUGCGCCGUGGUGGUCUUCUUUGUCAUCGUCACUGUCGCUGUGGUUCUAGGCUAUCUGGUCAUCAACAUGUCCUGAACGACAGUAGGCCUACCCCCAAAAGCUCCUUUUGUAUGACAAAAAAGUGGUGGGUAGGUUACAAUAUCAGUACACUACGUGAUGUGCUCUCUUUACAUUUAUAUUUCUCUUGCAAAAGUGCACAAACGACAAGAAAACAGUACUGCCGUCUAUUACGGCCACACUGAAAAGAAAACAAGUAGUACAUGCACGACAGAAAUCCAGUAUUAUAAGAAAACACGGCAACGUUACGAGAAUAAAUUUGCACUAUCAUCAGCAAAAGUUGUAUCAUGGGGCACUUUUGAGCGGCAGCAGAGACACGGCGUUGCGAGUAUAAAGUCAUAUCGUUACGAGAAAAAAAAAUCGUAAUGGUACAAAUAACAUGGUAUUAUUACGUGAAGAUGCCAAAAUGUUACAAGAAUGAUGUUAGUAGGUCUAAAAAUUCUAAAGAGGAGGAAAAAAAAGUCUAUAUCACUAUCAAAAAAGUGUAGUUUUACGAGAAUAAAGUGAUAUUUUCGCAACAGAAAAGUUGCAAAAUGAUGCAAGUCACUGUGCUACGAGACUAACGUCUUACCGUUAUCAUUACAAUGAGAAAACAGUGUCAUUUAUGAGAAUAAAGUCGUAUUGUUAGGAUAAUUUUUUUGAAGAGACUGGGACAUAAAAGUCAAAACACUACGAGACUCAUGUAGUAAUGUUACGAGAGUUACAAGAUGUUACAAGAAUAAAGUUUUAUUGCUAUUAGUUGAAAUUCUUUCUCAGGUUGUGCCAAAACUACUAUUUUGUAGUUUCUUCGAAAUUUAUACGAAAUUCGUACUAACAAUAUCCUCAACACUUCCAUUCUUAAAGCACCUUCGUGCUAAUAAUAUUGACUUUAUUCUUGUAAAAUGACAACAUUUUAAGUUAAGAUGUUGCACUUGCAAAAUUGCAAACUUUUCCCUUGGAGAAUGUGAACUCCCCCGCAUAAUAUUACAAUGUAAUUCUCAUCAGGUUUUUUUUUACAUUCUCAACUUAAUUGUUGUCAUAAAUUGACUUUGUUUUCGCAAUAUUUUGUUUUCCUUCCAGUGUGGCCAUAACACUCUUUUGACAUAAUGUCAUUCAAAUGUUCGUUUUCCUGGUUAUGGCCAGUUAUGGCUAGUGAAUAAAAUUGGCACAUGCCAGCCACACUUACUAAGGAAACUACUACAAAAUCAUCACCAUAAAGAUGAUGAGAUAUGUUUUAUUUUACUUUAUUUUGCACUUGAAUCAUUACUAAGAGAAAUCUGCUGUCACAAAAAACUGGAGAUGAGGAGUAAGAAUUAUGAUUUGUGAAAAUAUUUGCACUAGAUUUAGAAGUACUGGUGGAGAUAAUGGACAUCAGGUACAUUGUGAGGUAAAGCAGGCCUGCUUCUCGGGUCUAGGAGUUUGUUUAUUUUUGUAAACGGGGGCAGAGAGCAAAGAAAAAAAACUACAAGGCGGUGUGUGGCCAUCAGGAUUUAUGCAAACAACACGUAAUCCAAGUGGAUUAGCAGGAGAGCUCAUGCAGAAACAUAGCCUACUGUUACUGUAAGUUCUCCCGUUGAUGCUCCUCAUGCUAAAAGAUUCUUUACAUGAACAAAGCAAAUGCAGCCAUCUGAUCAAGUUCUACGGGAAACAAUGGCACAAGCUAGCUCUGGGGUUGCUGAAUCUGCACUAUUCCGCACUCUCGCGAUAACACAUAUAAUCCACAAUAAAGCCAGAUUGUUGUAGAUUCCAGUGCAUCAAAUCACAAUGUGCUUCAGGAGGGACCUGGAAGAGUUGAUCAGUAAGUUACCAGUUCACUGUAUGCUUUGCUCAUAUAUCAGGGUUUUCUUGUAAACACUGUUGAAUGUAUACAUUGCAAAAUGUAUUGUACAAACUGUCUUCUGUGUCAGAUAAUGUACAUACAAUCAAGUAUAUUUAUUAUAAUAAAACAUUGAAAUGCACAAAGAGCUGU